AUGGCAGUCGUAGCCGCUUCCUUCGUCGCCAGAUCUGUAUUCCGGUCGUCUUCCGUUCGUAGCACCGCCACUAGGUUCUGCUCCCAAGGUUUGUCAAUUGUCAAUGGUUUUUCUCUGAGCGAUAAAAACCGAUCGACCAUGGAAAUACAGCGCCACAAGCCGAUUAACACUGGCUCAUUACCGGAACCGGAGUUCUCCUUCACAUUGAGCAAAGUAGCGUUGGCCCAGAUCUACAAAUUAGUGGGCUUCAAGGAGGCCCAAAGCUCAGCCCUCAACACAGACAUCGCCACCAGGAACCCCCUGGCUCACCGCAUCUUCCGGUGUCCAGCUGAGAUGAGUUCGUGUGUGGGGUCAAUGCUACCCUACCACAGCGCUACUGCCUCAGCUUUGAUGACGUCGAUGCUCACUGUCUUUCGUUGGGGUUACGGUUGGCUUCCUGAAGAUAUCUAG